AGAAUAUAUAGACGCUUAUAGAAAAAGGCUUGCCUCCUGUCUCGCUGAGAUAUAUUAGCCAAGUCUUGCCACGAUCUGUCCGACUCAGCCAAACGACGCGGAUAGUGGAGCAACGCAAUGGCUGGACAACUCUCCUUGCUGCGUGUUGCAGGGGCCAUCCGAGCCGCUCGCCCAGCCCUGGGCAGGGUUGGUCUGGCAACUUUAGCAAACGGCUUCGACUACAAGCCAGGUCAAACACUACACGGUUUCAUCGUCCAGCGAGUUCAAAGGGUUCCGGAGUUUGACCUAUCGGCUAUUCAACUGAAGCACGACAAGACGGGGGCAGACUACCUGCACGUUGCGAAGCAGGAUACGAAUAAUGUUUUCAACGUAGCGUUUCAUACCCCUGUUACGGAUUCCACCGGAGUGCCGCAUAUCCUGGAGCACGUUACAUUAUGUGGGAGUAAACGGUAUCCUGUGAGGGACCCGUUCUUCAAGAUGUUGAAUAGGAGUAUGGCGACCUUUAUGAACGCCAUGACUGGUAAUGACUAUACGAUGUAUCCCUUCUCGACGGAAAAUCCCAUCGACUUCAAGAAUUUGAUGGAUGUGUACAUGGACUCUACCUUUGAGCCUCAACUACGCUACCUCGACUUCAAACAGGAAGGAUGGCGGUUGGAGCAUGAGGAUCCGAAGAACCCGCAGAGUCCUCUGAUUUUCAAAGGAGUCGUAUACAACGAGAUGAAGGGUGCAUUAUCUGAUCUGGGCAACCUUUUCCACACUCGGUCGCAACAACACCUGUAUCCCAACAGUACCUACGGUUACAACAGUGGCGGAGACCCGGAUUCCAUUACGAACCUGACUCACGAGCAAUUACUUGCGUUCCAUGCCAAUCACUAUCAUCCGAGUAACGCUCGGUUCUUCACCUACGGAAGCUUCCCGCUUCACGAACAUCUGAAGGCUAUUGAUGAGCGGAUCAGCAAGUUCGCUCCGUUGGAUCUUGAGCCUCCCGCAGACGUACCGCUCCUGAAUGGACCCAAGAGCAUCCGAUUGACAUGCCCCCCCGACCCCGUCGGUGAGCCUGGGAAGCAGACAAAGAUCGCCGUGUCUUUCCUGACAAACAAAGACGUCGACGUAUUCGAGUCGUUCGCCGUUCGCGUGUUGACGUCGCUGUUGCUUGAUGGCGCCGCCGCCCCCAUGUACGAAGCGCUCAUCGAAUCGAAAAUCGGAACAGACUUUGCUGUCACAACAGGUUACAACUCGCACACUCGCAUCACGAACGUGUCAUUUGGUGUGCAGGGCAUCAAAAAGGAGGACGAAGCAACUGUCGAAAACAAGAUCAUGGAUGUGCUUCGUACGGCCGCACAAACAGGUUUCGACCCGGAGCGCAUCGAAACGGUCAUUCAUCAAACCGAGCUCGGUCUAAAACACCGCAAAGCCAAUUUUGGUAUGAUGCUCGGUCAGCAGGUUGUGAGCCAUUGGGUACAUGGCGGCGACCCAUUAGAGUUCCUGCAGGUGACCGAGCAUAUCGCGCGGCUGCGGGAGGAGAUUGUGAAGCCGGGCUUCUUUGAAUCACGAAUCGAGAAAUACUUUCUCAACAACAAGCACCGAUUGACAUUCGUCAUGGAGCCGGAUGAGAAAUACAAUGACGCGCUGAACCUGAACGAAAAGGAGCGAUUGAAUGAGAAGAUUGCGGCUUUGUCAGAAACUGAGAAGAAGCGGAUCUAUGAGGAGGGUCUCAAGCUGGCGGAGAGCCAAGAGGGGAAGCAAGAUAUCUCUUGCCUGCCGACCUUGACCGUCAACGACAUCGCUAAACACGGAAAAUCGUACCCAACAGAGAACACUGUGCUUGCCGGAACUCCCGUACAAUGGCGAAAAACGGCUACCAAUGGCGUGUCGUACGUAUCUCUAAAGAAGGACGUGAGCACCAUGCCACCUGAGUUGGUGAAAUACCUACCACUGUACACCAAUGCUCUCGCUGCACUCGGGACCGCCAAGCGAUCACUUCCCGUCCUAGAUGAAGCGGUCCGCAAAUACACAGGCGGAAUCGGUGCGGAUAUCCUCGCAUCGUCCACACCACAGUGUCUUACCGAACUCAACGCCGCCCUUCUCUGGUCGUCCAACUGUCUCGACAAGAACAUCGGCAACAUGUACGACCUCCUCCACGAGAUUAUCGCCGCCGCCUCCUGGCAGGAACUCGAACGCCUGCAGACCGUCGUCCUCACCAGCGCCAGCGACGCCAACCAGGGAAUCGUGCAGAGCGGCCAUCGUUACGCCAUGAAAGCCGCCGCGGCGGGACUGACAAAGUCCGGCGCACUGCUGGAGACCUUGUCUGGUCUGACCCAGGUCGGGUUCCUUGGCGGGCUUGCGCGGAAUGGGGUCGCUGACGUGGAACAGAUCUCAACGACCCUGAAGGAGAUUUCCGAGGCCGUUUUGAGGAGUGAGGCGGCGACCAGGGCGGCGGUGAAUGCUGUACCGGAGACGUGUAAUGUGCAUGCGGAGAAGAUGGGUGGGCUUUUGGAGGGGCUCAAGUGGACGAAUGGAGUGGCGCCACAAGCACAGCCUGGAAAGGAGUCGGCGCCGACGUUCGGCAAGCAGUUCUUCGCACUCCCCAUCGCGGUGAAUUUCACUGCAAAGUCUUAUCUGGGCGUGCCGUAUACGCACGCCGAUGGACCAGCGCUCCAGCUCCUCUCCUCCUUAAUGACCCACAACUUCCUCCACCGCGAGAUCCGCGAAAAAGGCGGCGCCUACGGCGGUGGUGCAUCCUACUCGCCCUUGGAAGGCACCAUGUCUCUAUUUUCGUACCGCGACCCACCCACAGGUCUGGACAACACCCUCAGCACGUAUAAGAAAGCGGUGCAGUGGGCCGCGAACGCGACAAGGGAAUUGGGGCAAAGGGAGCUGGAUGAGGCGAAAUUGUCUGUGUUCCAGAAUGUGGAUGCGCCGAAGAGCGCCUCUGAUGAGGUAUGUGCGAUGGAUAAUGCGGAAGAGGGAGGACGUUAGGGGCUUAUCUUGAAACGGGGAGGACUAACUGACUGAUCCAUGCGCUUCCUCAAUUGUCUUUGCGUCAAAACA